GUAAUUUCGGAAAAUUGACCUAUGUAUGUGGAAAAUACAUCGUAAAUUAUUCAUUUUUCGUCCAAUUUCCCUAAAUUUCUGAUGCUGUCUUGCAUGACCUUAACAGGAUGUAUCCAUAUUGAUGUAGAGUUCAAUUUACUCUCUCAAUGCAGGACCCAUGUAGCAUCGAAGACAAGGAGCUGCAAGACCUACAGUAAACUUUUGGUUCAAGAAGCAAAGGUCUUGAAUGAAGUGGCAGGAGUUUCUAUAAGGAAGUGCAUGUACGAAGCGGAAUUUGAAUAAGUGCACGGUGCUUUCGAAGAGGUGUGAAAAAUUAAUCCCUCACUUGUGAGCUUAUAUGCUCAAAUUGUGUUACGAAUAGAAGACAAAUAUCAGGGUGAAGCAUGGAGGAUGUAACAGAGCAUACUGCAUCUAAUCCUGAUGAAUUUUUAAACAGUUCCCCCGACUUUGCUCUUGGUGCGGGAGAGUCAGGUAAUGAUCAGACCGAAACGCAAAGCUCUGCCGGAUUUAUCGAUACCCCAGGCGAAACGCUCGACAAAGGAGUUGCUUCUCAAGUGAGCAACGUAGCGACAGACGACGAAGGUGCAAGUUCAGUUGAACAAAAUUCCUUGCCUCUCGAUGAAGGAAGUGAUCGUUUAAAAUCAACCGACCAGAGCGAAACAUCGACUCAAGGUGGCAAAAUGGGCAGUCAAGGCGAGGAACAACAUGUAGACAACGCGCUGCCAAGUCCUGCUGAGGUUGAACAUGGUUCACCCAGUGAAGAAGAUACGACACAGGGGAACUUGCAGGUGUCAGAAACUGAAAACAGCACUCCUGAAGUCUCUACAAAAACCGAAGACUCAAAAAGCCCCGAUUUAUCAACGAAAAACGAUUUAAAUGCAGUUCAUCUGGACAUCAGUGAAACAACAAAUGACUCAAGUUUAGAACUCCAUCCUGAAGCCUUUGAAGGCCAGAGCUCUGAGCCUCAAACUGGCGAUAAAAUACAGACUCGAGAGCAACAGGCAUUGGAGUCGAUAUAUCAUAUCAAGUGGAUAAAAUGGAAAGGUAUUAAUACACCCAUUAUCACACAGAAUGAAAAUGGCCCCUGUCCCCUUCUAGCAAUUGUUAACGUGCUUCUUCUCCAGGGGAGGAUCACUCUUCCACCACAGCAAGAGUUUGUGACAUCAGGACAGCUGAUGGAGUAUAUUGGAGACUGCAUCUUGGAAGAAGCACCCAAGCGCUUAUCUGAAGGGGCCCAGCUAAACUAUGAGCAAAACAUGCACGAUGCUAUAGCAAUCAUGAAUAAAUUACAAACAGGACUUGAUGUAAAUGUAAAGUUCACAGGGGUUACAGACUUUGAGUUCACUCCAGAGUGUAUAGUUUUUGAUCUUCUUUCCAUUGGACUCUACCAUGGAUGGCUCAUCGACCCACAGAAUACUGAGAUUGCUUCUACAGUUGGUGGACUCAGUUACAAUCAGCUGGUUGAAAAAAUAAUUGCCAGUAAACAGGAUGGUGCAGAAAGCCAGCUGGUCUCUGAGGGUUUUAUAAGUGAAUCUUUCCUUGAGCACACAGCCAGUCAGCUGACAUACCAUGGUCUGUGCGAACUGAAUACUACACUGCAGGACGACCAACUCUGUGUGUUUUUCAGAAAUAACCACUUUAGUACAUUUCACAAGCACAAUGAUGAGCUCUUCUUACUUGUGACAGAUCAAGGUUUUCUCACUGAAGAUAGUGUUAUCUGGGAGUCAUUAACAAAUGUGGAGGGUGAUUGUGUCUUUGUGGAUGCCGAAUUUAAAUCUUUCCCAUUGGAACACAGAAGUACACCGCAACCAGCAGCCAUACCACCCACUCAACCGCUGACACAGGAAGACCAAGAUUACUUAAUAGCAUUAAGUCUUCAAGAAGAACAGGAAAAUGCUGCCCAAAGGCCUCAGACACAUCCUGAAGGGGUGGCUCCAGCCCAGAUGGAUGCCGUUGAUGGACCUGCUCAUCAAACUACUCAAACUACUCAGUCCAACCAAGAGUGGUCUGAUCUUCAACUGGCUAUGCAGCUGCAACAAGAGGAACAAAGGCAACAGCAACAGCAGCAGCAAAGAGCUCAAACCAGACCACAACCAUCAUGGAUGUCUCCUGCAAGAUCAGCUCUUCCUUCUCAACCACAGCAAAGAAGCAGCAAUGACACUCAACAGAGGCAGGAGUCCAAUGACAGAUGUGUCAUCUUAUAGAUAAAUAUUCAAACUGACUCCAGAGACUGCAUCUCAAGACUCCUGAUUGAUCCGCUCGCUGUAAAUUCAGGACAUUACGUUCGGAAGGGACAUGAUCUUGACGGAUCUCAACUUUGUAACUAGAUGUGUAUUUACCAUCAAAGUAAACCGGGGAGCUACUGAAAAAAAAAACUUAAAAAUUGCAUAAGGUAUAAAUUCGGUGGCCUAAAAAUUACGCAAACCAGCCAUUCAAUGGCAAGCUUUUUUUUUCCUCUUUUUGUCAGAAAAAUAUUAACAUCUAAUUGUCGUGUGCUUGUAUCUCAGGGAAACGUCCUUGUCUAAUAGAUAUGGAAAAGCUGAUUAAAUUUUUUUUUUGUCUUGG